AUGUAUCUAUCUAUUUAUCUAUGUAUAUCAUUAUUUUCAAAUCUACUCCUCUAUCUAUCUCAGUCUGUUCAUAUCUAUAUAUCUAUCGAUCGAUCUACUUCUCUAUUUAUCUUAUUCUGUUCAUAUCUAUCUAUAUCAUUCUUUUCAAAUCUAUCCCUCUCUCUCUCUCUCUCUCUCUCUCUCUCUCUCUCUCUCUCUCUCUGUCAGGUUCUCUCUCUUGAUGCAGUCGUUAUAGCGGAGUCUUUGGCCGCCUCGCCGACGUUUCCAUCACAGAGGUCUUUGACUCUUCCUUCUCUUUGUCUCCGCUGGAUUAUGAUGCCAAACUAUCAUCGCGCAGCAUUUCCUGUCGUGACAUCAGUUUCCGUCACAGUCAAAUAUUUUCUUUCUUUUUCUUUUAUUUUUACUUCUCUCUUUCACAUAUUUCCUUGUCUUUUUCUUUUCCUUGUCUUUUUCUUUUCCUUGUCUUUUUCUUUUCCUUGUUUUUUUCUUUUCCUUUUCUUUUUCUUUUUCUUUUCCUGUUUUAUUUUGCUUUCUUUCCUUAUUUCUUAUGUCUUCAAAUUUUGUUUUCUUUCUCUCUUUCAAAUUUUGUAUCUUUCUUACUUGCUUACAAUUUCCGUUUUCUUUCUUUUUUUCUCUUUCUCUCAAAUUUUCUUUUCUUUUUUAUUUGCUUUAAAAUUUUGUCUUUUUUCUUUCUUUCUUUCUUUCUUUCUUUCUUACAAAUUUUGUUUUCUUUUUUACUUGCUUUAA